AUGGCACCACAAGCACCUUUAGCUGCAGCUGAUUGGCUACGACUAAGUUGUGUGCUCACUCUCUUUCUUCUCUUCAACACUGCUGCAUCAAAGUCGAUUGUCAAGGCACUACCCGGGUAUUCGGGUGAUCUACCAUUUAAACUUGAAACUGGAUAUGUGAGUGUGGGGGAAAGGGAUGAUGUGCAGCUAUUCUACUAUUUCAUUGAGUCAGAGAGUAACCCUGUCAAAGACCCUCUUGUUCUUUGGAUCACUGGAGGCCCCGGUUGUUCUGCUUUCUCUGGUCUUGUUUACGAAAUUGGUCCUUUAAUUUACGAUGUUCCAGCUUUCAAUGGGAGCUUACCGACAUUCCUUCUGAAUUCAUACGCAUGGACAAAGAUCGCCAACAUUAUAUUCUUAGACACGCCUGUGGGCACUGACUUCUCCUAUGCAACUACCCCCGAAGGUUACUACUCCUCAGACAUAGAAACAGCAAAAGAAACAUAUAGUUUUCUUAGGAAGUGGUUGUUGGAUCACCCCAAGUUCUCCACAAAUAACCUUUACAUUGCCGGUGACUCCUACUCUGGCAUACUUGUUCCAAUGAUCGUUUCAGAAAUAUCGAAUGGCAACGAAGAUGGACACAUGUCACGCAUGUCUCUCGAGGGGUACUUGCUUGGAAAUCCAGCAACAUAUAUCCACAAUGAUCAAAAUUCAAAAAUCACAUACACUCAUCGAAUGGGACUUAUAUCGGAUGAAUACUACGAGAGAGCCAAAAGCAGCUGUCAAGAUGAAUAUGUCGAUCCAGAUCCAAACAAUGCACAAUGCAUCUAUUAUCUUCGACUUAUUAAAGAGUGCACUGGAAAAUUAAAUGAAGCACAUAUUUUGGAACCCAAAUGUGGUUCGACAGCACCAAAACCAGAUCAAUUGAAAUUGGGUCUGAGAUUCUUUGAAGACAUUUCCAUGGAUAUUCUCUUCUUACCAUCUCAACAAGAGGAAAUGUGGUGCAGGAAGUAUAAUUAUGUGCUCUCUUAUGUCUGGGCAAAUGAUCCAGCAGUUCAACAAGCUCUUCAAAUUCGACAGGGAACAAAAACUGAAUGGAAAAGGUGCAAUAAAACCUUAUCUUUUGAAGAAGAUGUAGAAAAUGUUGUCGAGUGUCACCAGUUUCUUAGUACGAAAGGAUAUCGAGCACUAAUAUACAGUGUAGCCAUGCUCAGAUUUUUGCAACAGAGGAAAGAUACUUUGGCUUUUAAUGAAUGUGUCUUUGGUCAUAUACCCACCAAGAACUCUGUAUUGGAUUAG